AUGAUAGAUAUGCAUGAUCAUAUGGGUGAUUACAAAGAGGAAUUUGCUAGGCUUUAUAAUUAUGCUGAAAAGUUAAAGUCUACCAAUCUUCACACUACUGUAGUGGUAAGGACUUCCAAGAAUACAAUUCUCGGAAAAGAGGUGUUUAUGGGCUUUUAUGUUUGUCUUGGAGCACUAAAAAGUGGAUGGAUGGAGGGGUGUGGAAACAUCAUUGGUUUUGAUGGUUUAUUUCUCAAAAGGGUUUGUAAAGGGUCUUCUUGUGGCACUCAUGAUUUACUUCCAAAUGCUGAGCACAGAUGGUGUGCUAGGCAUAUAUGGGCUAACUGGAAGAAGGAAUGGAGGGCUGAUUGUGAGUUUCAUUUUAAUGGUGAUAUUGGGUUUGAGGUUAAAGAUAUACCAUAUAAACAUGUUGUUACUCUCAAGAAGAAGGUUGAGUCAUUUAUUGAGCACUGGUAUAAAAAAGAGACAUAUUUGAAGGCCUACAACAAAUUCAUUCAACCUAUGACAAAUAUGCAGAUGUGGCCAAAGAGCACAAGACCACCCAUUGAGCCACAUGAAAUUACUCAAAUGCCGGGAAGGCCAAAGAAAAAGAGGAAUAGGGAUACUGAUGAACCAAAGAAAAUAUUUGGGAAGGCUGCAAGGAAGGGCAGGAAAAUGACAUGUUCAAUAUGCAACACUAUGGGACAUAACAAGAAACGAUGUCCAAUUGCUGUAAGUGUUAUUCUAUUUCAUGAUUUUGUCAUUUAA